AUGCCGCAAAAGUGUGUCCAUCAAGGCUGUGGGAAGGUGUUUACCGAUGCCGAGGAGGAGUGCGUCUACCACCCGGGACCACCGAUUUUCCACGAAGGGCAGAAAGGGUGGAAGUGCUGCAAACCCCGCGUCCUGACGUUUGACGAAUUCAUGGAGAUCCCACCCUGCACGACGGGAGUGCACUCGACGACCGACAAGCCACCGCAGCUCGAGGAGAAGGAGCCGGCCGUGGACGAUGCGGUUCUGAACCGCAAGAUUGACUCGCUCAACGAGUCAGCCGGCGCCACUGCCGACCCGGGGCGCGCACCCAUCAAGCCUACGGCGCAGGCGUCAGCAGCAGCAGCCACGACGACCACGGCCCCGCCCCCCGAGUCCGAGGACGACGACCCGAGCCUCGAGAUCCCCGACGGAGCCGUGUGCCGCCGCAAGAAGUGUGGGGCCCGCUAUGCCAAGGGCCAGUCACGCGAUGCCGGCGAGAAGUGCACCCACCACCCCGGUGUGCCCAUCUUCCACGAGGGCAGCAAGGGAUACUCGUGCUGCAAGAGGCGUGUGCUCGAGUUUGACCAGUUCAUGCUUAUAGAAGGGUGCAGGACAAAGGACAGGCACCUGUUCGUCGGCAGUGGGAAGAAGGACAAUGUCGACUCUGCGGGGGAGGAGAGGUUGACGACGGUCAGACACGACUACUAUCAGACCCCCUCGACCAUCAUCGCGUCCAUCUUCCUAAAGAAGAUUGUCAAGGACAAGGCCAAGGUCGGCUUCGAAACCCAGUCGGUGGAUCUGGACCUCACAACCAGCGACACUCCACCCAAACGAUAUGUCAGCAGCUUUCCGCUCUUCGGGUCCAUCGACACGGACAAGUCGACGUUUAAAGUUCUGGGGACAAAGUUGGAGCUCAACCUUGUCAAGGCAGAUGGUGCCCCGUGGCCGGUGCUACGUAGCGACGAGACGCUGACCGGGGAGAUUCUGCAGAUUGGAAAGGCGGGGAAGGCAUAG